AUGUCUGCCAACCAUGCCCCUCAUCUCUCGCAACUUGUACAUGCUCCAACCCCAGAUCCUGUGGAAGCUGAAAGGGCUUCAUUAAGAGAGCAGCUUGUGGCUGCAUCAGCAGGGCUCAUGGCAGAGGCAAAAUGUGCACCUGAUGACUGGGAGGACAUGCAGGAGGAGAAGGCAACAUGGCUGAGUCACUGGGAGGAGAAGACAGUGGUAUUGAUGCCCCUGGUUAAUGCAGAAGAUGCUCCCAUGCUUGCAGAGGCCAAUGAUCUUUAUGAAUGGUGGGCCACAGAAGAAGCCAAAGCACAUGUGAAGGCAGAGCAGGACAUUCAGAUGGGGGAAGAGACUGUGGUGGAGCUUGGUGAGGAUGGUGCAGUGAAGAUGUCACAUGUGGAAGUUCUGCAGCCAGCUCACAAGUGGUCUUGGCAGACCAUUGCUGAAAGUGAUGAAGAGCCUACCUGGCCAAAGAUCUGUAUCCCAGCCACAGGUACAAUCACCCACAAGGAGCCAUGCAUGCAGUGUGCCCUGAAGAGGAUCUCUUGUACCAGAACAUUGGGCAAGACCUGUGAUGCAUGUGUGAAGAUCAAGCAGGGCUGUGAAAAGUCAAGCAAAGUGGCAGGCAAGAAGGCACAGGUGGGCACAUCAGUUGUGCAAUCCAUGAAGGCCCCUAAGGCCAGUCCAUUGAAGUGGGGUCAUGACAAUGAUGAUGAUGACAUUGUGGAGGUGGUCCAGAGCAGGGCCCAUGGAAAGGGCAAGGCACCAGUGCAUGGUGGAUUGGGUGACAAGACUGCCAUGGCCUUGUCUCGAGCACUGACAACAGGGAGGGCUGAGGCUGUGGCUUUGCACACAGCCACCAUGUGUCUGCAGGUCUGCCUCAACCAGCUCAUGGAGACCAUGUAG